AUGACUUCUUCAUCCAUUAAAACAUUACCUCCAUUACCAACCACGAUCAAUUCUUCCAAUAACAACAAUAACACCAUUACUACAAUCAGCAGCAGCAACAACAACAAUUAUGACUGUUCUCUUUCUUCUACUACGAGUAAUAGCAAUAGUGGUGGUAUUAUAAUAGUACCUAAAAUCUCUCCGCGACAACCUCUUCCUCCUCUCCCAGUAAAAACCUCUUCUCCUCCUUCUUCAACAACAACCACCACCACAGCAAGUGAUGAGUCUAUCACACCUUCACUUGAUUCUAUUCAAUCAUUAGUAACGGAUUCAACGAGGAUGAGCUCAUCUGGUUGUACAACUACUCCGCAUUGCACUACUACAACAAUGAACAACACCAAUCCUCAUCGAUUAGCUUUUGAGAAGAAUCCCUCUCCUCCAUUAAAGAGUCAAAUCACUCUCGAACAACAACAACAAUUGCUGUUGGCUUCCUCCACGACGAGCACACCCUCCUCUACAGCCAACACUCCAAUCAGUGGUGGUGGUGGUGAACAACUUGCUUUUGCGACAAACAAUGCUAGCACUCAACAAGCAACACCACAAAAAAGACCUUCCAUUCAUUACCGUGGGAGUAAAGACAAGACAUUUGUUCAACAAGAGAGUGAUACUCAUGAUGCAUCAUCUUCUCAUGAACUAACAAAUACAGCAAGUAAUGAUGUAACGAAAAACAUUCCUUCAAAUGACACGAGUUGUUCUCCUACCGAUCAUCCACUCAAGGCUUUCCUAGACAUUUAUGAUAAUAGAAUUCUCAUUGUGGAUUCAUCACAGCUUGUGGCUACACCAUCAAAUCCUCCAAAACCAUUCAUCAAACCAAAAACUGUGAGCGAGACGUUAUUGAAGACACACACAAAGAGAUCAUUUCAUAUUGAGAGCAUACUUGGAAGAGGUUGUUUUGGAUGUGUCUAUUUGUGUAGAGAGGAAAUUAAUGGAUCUCCAACAGGAGAACGAAUGGCUCUGAAAAUUGUUUCACCUUCUGGAAAUGUAAUGCCAAAUGUCUAUGGAGAGUAUAAAUUAAUGAAAUCGUUGGAACAUGAGAGCGUCAUGAAAGUUUAUGAUUAUUAUGAAAUGCUCACCAGUUUACAACCUGGUGCCAUGUUCACAAUGAAAUAUUACGAAAAAGGAGAUUUGAGACAAUUUAUCGAGGAAUAUGAAAAGAAGGAUUUGAAAAUUUCGAUACAUUGGAUCUAUGAUUUUAUUUUACAAAUGGCUGAUUGUUUAAGUUUCAUGCACAAGAGAAAAAUUAUUCACAGAGAUUUGAAACCUGAAAAUAUAUUUCUUGAGGAAUGCUCAGAGCACACGUGUAAGAUAGUAUUGGGAGAUUUUGGAUUGGCUAAAAACAUUCCCAAAUCUCAUGGGUUAUUUUCCCAAGUGGGUACCAUGAAUUAUUGGUCUCCUGAAAUUGUAAAUAAUGAUGAGUACGGGUCGGAGACAGAUAUUUGGUCCCUUGGGUGUGUCAUGUAUGAGCUCAUGACGCUCAAGAGCAAACAAGUAGAACGUAUUGUCACACUUAGGCAAGAAGGCGCUCUUGUGAAUGACAUGGUCAAUCGAUAUCCACAAGAAAUUCCAAUGAUAGAGCUAAUUGUAAAAAUGCUGAACAAACAUCACAAAGAUCGGCCUUCUGCUGAGGAAAUUUUGAAUCAACCUUACAUGAUUCGAUUCUCUCAAAUGAAGCAAGUGUGUGAACAUAUUGUCACAAAAUUGAAGGAAAGACUGGAGCAAUACAAAUCACUUCAGAGUCUAGACAAUUUCAAGCAAGUAUCAGAUAUUUUGCAUAGAAUUCAAAAAUUCAGAGCAACCAGUUACGAUUCUGACGAAUUAAGAAUUCUCCUUCACAAUGCCUAUACAUUAUUAGGAGAAAAGUUACCAGAUAAUAUUGACUUGAAACCAAAAAAACCUAAACACAAAGAGUUCACAAAAGAAGAAAAGACUCAAACACCAAAGAAAAAAACUCCAAUCACACCACGCGAUGGAAAUAUGUAUUCUUCAUUACCUUCAGCCAUCCAACCCUCGCUCAUUUCCAAUCAAUUCAGAGUUACCGUAGGUGGGGAUGAUGGUAGUGAAUUUGAUCAUAUCAGACCACAAUCACAGGGCGAUCAUGGUGGUCAUUCUUCACCUCCAGAACUUCAGGACAUGUCCUCUCCAACAGAUAAUAAUAAUACUCAUCUCAAACCCAAUGUAAAUAAGAAUGUAAAUAAUUCAGAUGAAGUAGAAACUCCACACAGAAAGAGAUCCAUAUCGCGACCGACCAUCAUUAGUCACCUUAAAGGACUGGUUGGCUAUGGAGAAAAUACUUCAACCAAUAAUGGAGCGGGCUCUACUUCGAAUACUAACACUCCAACUUCAAAAGGAGUUCCUAAACUACCUCGUGAUAAGCGCGACCUUGUGAUUAAGGCCCCAAAUCCAGCAAAUUUCCAUCACGAUGUUCAUAUUGGAAUUGAUGACAAGCAAUUUCGUAUCAGUGGUAACUAUCCAAAAGACUUUGAUGACGUUCUUUCUGAUAUGAAACGAGAAAUGGAAGAGGAAACAAUAGAGAAUACUUCUCAACAGCAGCAAGAAGAGGAAAUACCUCCUAGACUUCACCGUCGAUCUACCAGUCUUUUUGAAAAAUCGUUCACAUCAAGUGAGUUAGAUUUGACACCUGGAAGUCCAACAAAAGGAAGGAGUGCCACCGUUUCGAAUGCCACGCCAACAACCAGCAUUUCUGUCACUGCAACAACGUCGUCAUCUGCCAGUCCACGAAUGUCUCCUCUCAUUUUCCAAAGCUCUAAGGCCUCUCCAUCCACUCCAUCCAAUUCGGAAAUUUUGAAAUUCUCACCUCGAAUUGAUCACAAACUAUUGGCAAAGCUUAACAAUACUAACACUCCUUCAAGCAACAACAACAGUAGCAACCAUAAGGACGCUACUUCUCCUCCUCUGGGCGGAGCGUUUAAACUCAUCUCCAACAUACGACAACAAGACAUUUUAGAGAGUUAUAUUGAGGAAGCAUGUAAUUCCCCAACUGUUUCAAGAAGGAAACGUUAA